AUGUCUAUUUCAUUAAAUUUUCCGGUUACCUUUUGCAUUUCAUAUAGCCGCUUUUAUUAUACAUUGGGCAAUAUACGCCGAACACGGUCUCACCUCAAUUCCAUUCAACUACUUGGACUAGUGUCUAGUAAGCAUCUCAAGAUAUAUGGUGUGGAACCUGUGCUAAGAGCAUUUCUUAGAGACCUUCAAAAAUUAGAACAGGUUGGUGGCUAUGAGUUUAUAAUAAAUAAUCAGCGAAGAUGCUUUGCAGGAACAAUUGCAUUUAUAUCUGGAGAUAAUCUUGGUUCACAAUAUCUUGGUGGGUUUAAGCAAGGAUCACAGUCUUACAGAAAAUGCAGAGUCUGUAUGGGAAAUGCUACAGAAAUAACUGAAAUGUUUCAUGAGGAUGACUUUGUUUUGAACAGUGCAAGGUUACAAUGA